AUGGUCAAUGAAUUGGGAAGCGAUAUCGCAACAGCCGUGAUCACCGAGUUUAAUAAGUUGAAUGCAAAGUCGGGGAAGCCCACAACACGCUCGAACGGAGUCAAGGAAUGGACUGUGCUAGCAGGUGUAGUUGCAAUCACCAGCGACAGCAAAAUUACUCCCAUAACCUUGGCAACAGGAGUCAAAGUGUUGCCAGAUAAGGUUCGGAGCUAUUCAAAUGGAAAGGUAGUGCAUGACAUGCACGCAGAGAUUUUGGCAUUGAGGCUUUUCAAUUACUUUCUCUUGGAGGAAGCGUCUAAUUUGCCAUCAGCAUGGGUUGAGAGGUAUCACAAUCAGGUUCGAUUUCGAAAGGAUGCGAAAUUGGCUUUGUUUGUAAGUGAGCCUCCUUGUGGAGACGUUUCGAUGAACUAUCUAUCGUCUUUGCUAGAAUCUAACGAUUCCUGGACGUCAUCUCUGACAGAGGGCUUCUAUAGGGGACGAAAUCAUUUUGAUCAAUUGGGAGUGGUGAGAACCAAGCCAGGAAGGACCGAUAGUCUUAUUUCCUAUUCAAAGUCGUGUUCCGACAAACUAUGCUUGAAACAACUAACUGGAAUAUGCAAUGCAGCAACUUCGCAUAUCUUCGAGCCCAUUUAUCUAGAGUAUUUGGUUGUGAAUAACGUGGACACAGCUGAUUUUGACCGAUGUUUUAAGAACCGUUUCCAAACUGAAAAUGGACACUAUUUAAAGCUUCUCAAGUACAAAACUAAAGCUUAUGAAUUUCACAAGUCUGAUGAAAAGGAGCCAAGUCCACUCUCUUUGCUCUACAUUGUGCCACACAACUUACUCCAAGUGUUGAAUAAUGGUGUCAAAAAUGGGGCAUUCAUCAAAAAUAAAGCGCCAAAACCGGGUGGUGAGAGCAUCAUAAGCAAUAAAAGCUUCCUACAAAAGCUCACCCGUAUUUGCAAAGUGAAUGAAUCAAGGUACAGCCAGUUUAAAGCAUUCCACAACACGAGACAAGCAAUAAAGCAGGAAGGUCGAGAUUUACUACAAAACUGGAGACCCACAUCCAUUGACGAUUUCGAUUUGUAG